AUGGACGAUGGCGCAAGCAGCAAUGCGGAAUUCCCAACCGUCGACAGACUACCCAAUCGCACGCGAUCUGGCAGCGCAAGCAACGGCCACAGACGAAGCCUAUCCGGCUCUUUACUCUCCAGACUCUCCUUUCUACGCAUGAGCCAGGCAUCCGCGCAAUCGGGCACAAAAUCCGACACCAUGGAGCAGGAUGGGGACAACGAGGACUUCCCACCUGCCAUGCCGCACUUGAGCAGCGAGGCUACAACGGGCGCCAGGGCGAUGUCGGCGGUGAUACAGCAGCAGCGCAAAACACGGCGGCGGCGGGGGUCACUACGGAAGACCGCGCUACUAGGAACGAGGCUCGAGUCGCGCGAGAAGCGGGCUGCAUCCAAGUCUGCCGAUGCGACGACUCCUCGAUACAUGGCCGAGACGCCACGGUCCCCGAAGGACCAGUCCUCUCCUGCAGCUAAUGGCUUCGGGUCCCGCGAGAGCCUCGACUACGACGCUGAAGACACGCAGCCGAGCUGGUUCCGCGCGAGUACAGCACAGAAGAUUCUCCGUUCCUCCGUAGCCCGUCGCCGACAGGGUCUCGCACCGCAUAACCUCCUUGGCGGCGAAGAAACCGGCACCGACGACGAGGAACUCGUCUCCUUCCCGCGUAUAAACACGACAAAUAAUACAUCCACCAGCACGGGCUCGUCAAAAAUCACACCCCCGACAGCCUUACACAUCUCUACACAAUCCGAUUACUCGUCCUACCCCCUCCCUACAGACCUCCCGACAGAUACGCCCUAUCGAACCGUGCACCGCGCCAAAUCCUCGCCCCUGGCAACACACUCGGUGGAAAUGAAAAAUAAUGCUGAUACCUGGGACUACUCCGAGACUGAAUGGUGGGGGUGGAUUAUACUCAUUGUGACAUGGCUGGUAUUUGUCGUUGGGAUGGGCAGUUGCUUCGAAGUCUGGAGUUGGGCAUGGGAUGUAGGCGAGACGCCGUAUGCGCCGCCGGAGUUGGAAGAUGAUCCUACCUUGCCGAUUGUCGGGUAUUAUCCUGCGCUUAUUAUACUUACGGCUGUUAUGUCGUGGGUUUGGGUUGUUGUGGCUUGGGUGGGGAUGAAGUACUUUAAACAUGCUAAUAUAUCUGGGGAUGAUAGUUGA